AAAAUGAAUUGAGCUGUUUGUGAUUUCAUCAUGAUUAUGUUUUGAAAGCGGAAAUGGCAGGCGUUAUCUCGUCAAGUUCUUGGUUUUGCAAAACUAUGCUAAUUAUCGCUCACCACCUAAUUAUGUGCAAAAAUGAACCCCUGCGGGAAUUUGCCUCGACGGACUCUGCUCCCACAGCGGAUUACAACACGACGACAUUCAGACGUAUUUGCUGGAAGCAGAGACCUUGGUGGACGGGCACUUACGAAUAUGGGACUGGGCGCUUGCCUCACAUCAAACUUCAGCUGCGCGUCGUAUUUGCAGGAUGGAGACUUUGGCUGACGGCCACUCAUGGAUGUGGCUCUGGGCAGAUCCCCUCAAACCAAACUUCAGUUGUUCUGUGCUCCGCGUAUAGGCAGCAAGCAGAAACCUUGGCGGACGGCCACUUACGGAUCUAGGUCUGGGCGGCUUGUUUCAAACCAAACAUGAAUGACUUCAC